AUGGACCUGAACCGCACAAUCCUUCGCACCAUCAAAAUCAUCAGGCCGGUGUACAGCAUCAUCGAGAGGGUUGGCAAAUUACAGCAGGUAUCGCAGCCAGAAGCUCCAGAUGAUGGCAGUGGACCACUCUUGUCACCUGGUUUCUCCUGUGACAACCCAUACUUUACCUGGGUCGGAAUUCAAACGGACGAUACCCUUGGCCUCUUCGACGAGCCUUUCUCGCGCUAA